UACUCUUCCUUGUUAGUCUCACUAACACUAGUAAUUUAACUUGCUUUUUUCUGCCUAUAAAUUCAUGCUUUGCAUUUCCCCUUUAAAACCCACUCCACGGUUAUAGUUCUACCCAGAUAAUCAACUUCAAAAAUCAAAACCACCUUCUCUAUCCCCAAUUUCAUUUGAUUCUUUGUGAUACGUAUAAACAAUAUAAUAAUUGAGGCCACAAUGGAGUUUAAAGAGUCUAUUUUGAUUAAACUUGUGGUGAUGUUACAGUGUUUGACGUUAGUUCUAUGUGCAUCACAGGAUUUUGAUUUCUUCUACUUUUGGCCAGGAUCAUACUGCGACACACAGCAGAGCUGUUGCUACCCAACAAGUGGGAAGCCUGAUGCAGAUUUUGGGAUUCAUGGUCUUUGGCCAAAUUACAACGAUGGUUCAUACCCAUCUAACUGUGAUUCUAGCAACCCCUUUCAGCAAUCUCAGGUAUCAAAUUUGAUAAGCACCAUGCAAAAGGAAUGGCCCACACUGGCGUGCCCAAGCGGGAAUGGAAUACAAUUCUGGUCCCAUGAAUGGGACAAACAUGGAACUUGCUCAGAGUCACUACUUAACCAACAUGACUAUUUUGAAGCAGCUCUUAACCUUAAACAAAAAGCCAACCUCCUUCAAGCUCUUACCAGUGCAGGUAUAAAUCCAGAUGGGGGAUUCUACAGUUUGAGCAGCAUUAAGAAUGCAAUAAGUGAUUCAAUUGGGUUCACUCCAUUCAUUGAGUGCAAUUCAGACUCAUCCGGUAACAGCCAGCUUUACCAAGUUUACUUGUGUGUGGACACUGAUGCUUCAAGCUUCAUUGACUGCCCUGUUUUUCCACAUGGAAAAUGUAGCUCCAAUAUUGAGUUCUCAUCUUUUUGAGAAGUCUCGGACAAUAUUCUCUUGUUCAUUUGAUGGUGAUAUUUGCUCA